CACACGGCAGGCGUGGGGGUUUAAAACGAGUGCGCCUCUCCAUGACAUCUUUGUUUACAGCCUGAACUUUGCGUAAGCGUUAGCAUUAGCAUUAGCUGUCUGCCGGGUUCACUGUACAUCAUACAGGGUGUGUUAUUUCACUGUGUGGUUAAUAUUCUGAAUCAGAAACAUGUCGGGUAACGGAACUGGACCUGGAGAAGACUCCACAGACGCAAAGAGUGUCGAUGGACAACAGUCUGCGUCGACUUUGUCUGCUUCUGCCUCCAUGGAUGUGGACGCCAAGCCCAGCGCCCAGAGCUUCAGAUACAGUCUGAACUUCCCCUGCAUCGGCCAUUGCAUCAUAAUCAACAACAAGAACUUUGAAAGGAGAACAGGCAUGAAUCAACGAAACGGUACAGAUGUAGAUGCAGCCAAUGCAAUGAAAGUGUUCGGAAAGUUGGGUUACAAAACGAAGGUUUACAACGACCAGUCAGUGGAUCAGAUGGUACAGGUUUUAACUUCUGCGUCAAAGGAAGAUCACAGCUCUUACGCCUCAUUCGUCUGCGUCUUGCUGAGUCACGGAGACGAAGGCGUGUUCUUUGGUACGGAUGCUUCAGUGGAGCUCAAGUUCCUGACAUCACUUUUUCGAGGCGAUCGCUGUAAAUCACUGGUGGGAAAACCCAAACUCUUCUUCAUCCAGGCCUGCAGAGGCACCGAGCUGGAUGCAGGCAUUGAAGCAGACAGCGGAGAGGAUGGCACUACCAGGAUCCCUGUGGAAGCUGACUUCCUGUAUGCCUUCUCCACCGCCCCAGGCUACUACUCAUGGAGGAACACCUCGAGCGGGUCCUGGUUCAUGCAGUCCCUGUGUGAAAUGAUCAGCAAAUAUGGAAAGGAAUUGGAGCUCCAGCACAUCCUGACCCGAGUGAACCACAAGGUGGCAGUAGAGUUUGAGUCUGUCUCCUAUUCACCAGGCUUCAAUGCAAAGAAACAAAUCCCAUGCAUAGUGUCAAUGCUGACCAAAGAGAUGUAUUUUUCUCCUUGAUGUCUCUACAUCAGCCUUCAUCUGCAGAAAAAAAGCUUGAGGUUUUGUUUGUGAAUUAUUUUAGUUUACAUUGUCUGACUGAACGUCAGCUUACAUAUGUUUGGGAGAGUAAAUGGGAUGCAGAGUCACAUUUCAUGGCAUUAUAAGGAUAUUUCUGUUUGGAUUUCAGUUAUUAGGCAUUAAAAAAUGAACACUUUUUUAUUCUCUUUUAAAUAUUUAACCUUUAAAAGGAGAUUAUUUAAAAAAAAAAAAAGAACAAUCAUGAAUAUAAAGAUAAAAUGUAAUUGAUCAUGUAAUUCCAAGCUCACUCCUUUCUACCAGUGGAUGCCUCUUUGCGGUUUACACUAUACACAUUUCAGGGAAACCUAUUGGGAGCCAUUUUGAUAGAAAGUUUGACCUUCUGAUCAUGAAACCCUGGAUGCGCUUACUGCCCUACAGCCUCAACCUUUUUCAGAGUCAGCAGACUUUUUAACUUUUGAAGGGAUCAUGUGUGAUUUAUGUGCCUGUUUUUUAUUUUCUUUACAUCCUUAUUGUCUUUUUUCAUUCUCGAGUCACUGUGGUGGCAUCUGACAUGAAGGUGGAAGAAUAAUUCAAUGAUGAAUAACCUGAUACAUUGGGUGAAGCCUAAAUAAAUGCUGCACUUGUGUUGCAAAUUCAGGAACAUCUACUAUGCUAUAUUGUGUACGGUUGGUUUUGAAGCUCAGAAUUAUAUUUUAAAUGUUUUUGUUUUGUUUUGUUUACAUGGAUUUCUUUGAAAUAACUGUUGCUGUGAAUGUCUUUUUUACAUUAGCCAGUGUCAGGCUUCAUAGCAUGCAUGAGUAAAGCCAGCCCACAUGCAAGAUGCUUUCAUUCACAUUCACAUACUUGAACACAAGUUCUAAUUUCUUGAUAGACAGUAGGUAAUGUAUUUCUUGUUUUUUUGAAGAUAUGGCAAAUAGGCCGCCUUUCCUCAUUGCUUCAACAGUUACAUGCAUUAACUUCUUAAACAAUCAUUUCCAGUGGACUGUUGUUGAACUGUGGAUCCAACUUUUAUGUGUAACCUAAACCACUAGCAUUGAGUGAUUUAUAAAAGAUGAAACACAAUUUGAUUGUGUCCAGGUGCUGCUCAUUCAUGAGUACAUUUUCCAAUAUUUACAGCAAACUAGCUGAAAUCCUCUUGCUGUUAAAAUCACUCAGUUGUUUGACAAUCCAGUUUAAGUCCUAUCAAUAUAUUACACUCUUUGGGAUGUCACAUUUUGACUUAUUCCAACUCCAUAACUAUUCGUAUGCAGUUAUACUAUGAGAUAGGUGUUGUGUUUCCAUACAAAAUAAAAACCACUUUCCAUUAUG